GUGAUACUGUGAUUGGAUGUUAAAGAAAUAUGUAUAAUUACUAUUUCAACCUUAUGUUAGUCUAUUUAUAGUCAGUCAUCCUAUCGUCUCAUUAAUCCAACAUCAGAAAUCGAUCUCUCCCGUCUUUGGGCUUACUUCGAGUCGAGUCGAGUAACUUCUGAUCAGAGGUUGUCAACUUUAGAUUAUUCAAACUCUUUGCCAGUUAAAUAAUCUUGGAAUUGUUCUUCCAUAUAUUGGAUCUAAAAUAAGAAAUUUAAAUAAGAUGACUACCGAAGAACGACAUAUUGACAUUGCUGAUAGAAUAGAGGAGAUUAAGCUGCCACGUGAUCAUCAUGUGAAAGAAUUUCUUCGUCGUAAUGACCAUAUUUGGGUAUCCGAAGACCAGAAGAUGCUAAUCGAACAGAUGAACCAAGGAGAUACGUCUGCCACGGCCAAUAGAGAAAGAAACGAAUCAGAUAUUACGAAGAUACAAAGUGUUGCAGAUGUUAUGCGGCAGAGUGAAAAGUCGUUCAACGACGACUCUUAUAAGCCAAGAGCAUUGUCAAUUGGUCCAAUUCAUCGUGCUGCUCCUGAAUUUCAAUUCCAUAGAUCCAAACAGCGCAAGAUAAAUCUGGCAGCUAAAUUCAUCAAAGAGAGCGGCAAUAAAUGGGAUGGUUUUCUUAAACUAUUCAAGGAUAAGAUCGACGAAGAUAACCUCAUCAAGGGUUUUUUUGAGGAGGAGAUACUUUUAGAGUACGACUAUGAUUCUCUGGUUUGGCUAUUGUUCUUGGAUGGGUGUGCUGUACUGAAGUUCAUACAUAGCUACGUUCUCAAUACGGGCGAGUUAACAGAGUUGCAGAUUAGUAAUGCUGAUGCAGCUUUGAUUCACGAGGAUUUGUUUUUGUUGGAGAACCAAAUUCCCUUUAAACUACUUGAUUUGUUGAUGGAGCAGAUGAAGGAUAAGAAGGAUGAGUAUUUAGAUGCCAUCUACAUCUUUGUUUUAAAGAGCAAUCUUAUGGCCCCAAUAGACUGCUGGAGCCACGAUUUAAACGUACAGGGGAUCUUAUCCGCAGUCGAAGCCUUAAAACGUUCUUCAAAAUUGCCAAUACAUCUUCUUCAUGCUCUUCGAUCCGUACUGCUUGAUGAUCAUGACACGGUCGAUGAUGUUGGUAACGUUGAUGGUCCUAAUAAGGAUUAUUUAAGUUCUUUGGAUAUUAAAUAUCCCGAACUCCCCGAACACAUGCGCAAUAUGUUAAAAGGCAUGCAUCAAGACAACAAAAUGUCUUUUCGAAAUGUCCAAGAACUUAAAUCAGCAGGGAUACAGAUAAAAUCCUCCGAUUCCGAAAACAUGAGGUCCAUAUCGUUCAGUCGCCGUUGGUUUGGAAAUGGUGGUUGUCUCAUCAUUCCUCCAAUAAAUGUGGAUAACUCAACUGCACGUAAGCUGUUGAAUCUAGUUGCUUAUGAGGUGCGCCUGAGGGAUAGUGGUAAGAAGGCUUGUUAUUUGGUCACUUCAUAUGUCCACUUCAUGGAUUUGCUAAUCGAUAAUGAAGCAGAUGUGAAAGAGUUAAGGAAAGCUGGCAUACUGCGCCACCGUCUGAGUAGUGAUAAUGAAGUAGCUUCUUUGUUCAAUAACUUGGGCUCUAAUUGCUUGUUGCUAAAAAGUGAGGAAGACGUCUUUAUACAAAUCAAAACUGAAAUAGACAAGCACUUCGAAAAAAGGCUGCCAAAAUUGAUAGCUGAAUUCCGUCGUAAAUAUUUCAGUAGCCCCUGGGCUUUAAUAUCAUUACUCUUUGUUUUAGUAACGGCUUAUUUGACACUGCUGCAAGAUUUCUCUUCCACCAUCAAUCCCAGGGCACACCAUUAGAACAAUAUCUCUAUCUAUAUAUAUGAUAUUUCAUGUAAUGUAAUGUAUUUAUUCAUCGUUCGAUCGUUGGUUCUUCUUAGUUGUGGUAAAAAACCUAUGCCUUCUUUAAUUAUGUAUUCUUGUUUGUUAUUUCAUUAAUGUUUGCGACUUAUAUAAUAAAAGGGUUAAUAACUUAAACUCUUUUUUUUUUUUUUA